AUGGCUGUGGAGAGGAACGUUCAUCCAUUUUUGCAAGAUCGUCAACUUCGUGUAAAACUUGGAGAAAUAAGAUCUAAUUGGAGACAGAUUAAGGUCGGCGUACCUCAAGGAACUAUCCUUGGUCCCCUGUUUUUCCUAGUGAUGAUCAACGACCUCACCACUACCACCACCACACACCAAUUGUAUAAGUACGUGGAUGAUUGCAGUACAUAUGAAGUGGUUUCCCGGCCAGCUUGUAAUUCUACCCUUCAACUAGAUAUUAGUACAAUCUGUGAUUGGAGCAAUACUAACAAUAUGCGGUUGAAUGCCAAGAAAACCAAAGAAUUUCGUGUAUCCUUUUUACAAUCUGAACUUGAAUUUGAUCAUCUGACAAUAAACGGUAGUCCGCUUGAAGUUGUUGAUAGUUUGAAACUCCUGGGUAUCACUCUAAGCAGCGAUCUGUCCUGGAACAUUCACGCUUCAAACAUAUCUGCUAAAGCAAGCAAGCGACUAUAUGCCCUGUUGCAUGUUGAUCUCCUACCACGGGACCUCCUUACGGGAGAUGGAAAUUAGGGAGAACGUUGUUGUUUACGUGUAAUGGGACACGAACAUAUAGAUAUAUAGAUAUAGUGAUAUACACAAAGAAAUGGACUAAUAUAACAUAAAUAAGAACUUUACAUGGUGACAGAAGUGGGAUCCUUGACUCUGGAUAUUUAGUUAGUACAUUUGAGAAGUUUUAAAAAGUAAUUUUACUCAAACGAGCAAUAACCAGUGGCGAUGGCUGAACGAAUAAUUGGGCUAUCGCCUCCGUCUCCGUUCGCGUUCGAAGGAAAUCUUGCUGAAUCGUGGAAGCAAUACAAAAGGCCUUGGACUUUUACCUAACAGCUACGGAAUCGGAUUCAAAAUCUGACAAGGUAAAAACUUCAAUUCUCUUGACGUGUAUAGGCGAAAAAAGGCGCAAAAUUUAUGACACUUUUGAGUUUGAAAAUGCUGGCGACAAAUUGAAACUAAAACCUGUUCUCAAGAAAUUUGAAGAGUAUUGCAAUCCUCGUAGCAACACUACCUUUGAGAGACACAAGUUUUUUACAUACCGCCAGGAAGAAGGACAAACUUUUACUAGCUUUGUGACAGAACUGAAGAAACGCAGUGCAGCUUGUGAAUUCGAUACUUUGAAAGACUCGCUUAUUAAAGACAUGAUCAUUUGUGGUAUCUCUGACAAUGCCCUUUGUGAGAGAAUGUUUCAUGAGCCUAACAUCAAUCUACAAAAAGCAGUCGAGCUUGGUCAAGCCUCCGAGCAAACCAAACUACAUGCUCAGCAACUUACUGAAGACAUGGAAAAGAAGAUCCACAAAGUACACAGGCAAAAGCGAGAGAAGGAAAGGCGAGACAAAAACCGAGAUAGGUUUAAAUCUCAUUCUCCAGAAAGAGAUAAUUUAAUAAAGAACUGCAAAUUUUGUGCAGGUCGACACCAACGUGGAAAAUGCCCGGCGUAUGGUCAAAAGUGCAACAAGUGCCAACGUAGAAAUCACUUUGCCAGGUGCUGUAAACAAACAGUGCAUCAAGUCGAUGACUCUCAAGAUCGUGCCUCCUUUGAAUCCUCUUCAGAAAGUGAUUUUGUUAUCGAAAGCCUCGUAGCAACUGAAUCUGAAGCAGCCUUUGAGGUUCAACAAGCACUUGAAAUUCAUCCUCUCAAUAGCGACACCUCUGCGGGACACUGGUCUGUCACUCUUAAUGCAGGCAGCCAAGACAUUCCCUUCAAAAUCGACACAGGGAACGUGUGAACGUGUUACCCAAGAAACUCUACAACAAGUUAAACCCUCGCCCACGAAUCAAACAAACAUCAACCAAGUUGUCCGCCUACAAUGGGUCUUCCAUCCCUGUACAUGGAAAAUGUAUUGUCCCUAUUCAGUAUAAAGGACAAAAACACCACCUUCUCUUUAUCGUCGUAGCUUCACAGACCACACCCAUCCUAGGUUUGGCCACUUCAGAGCGACUCAAUCUAAUCAAGCGGGUCUACAAAAUAACUGAUACUAACAUUGAGGAAGCUUAUAGCUCCAAUAUAUCUGAAGAGUACGCGGACUGUUUUGGAGAGAUUGCCACACUCAAGUCCACCUAUCACAUGACCUUGAUAGAUGAUGUCCGUCCAGUAGUGGUACCUCCUCGAAAAGUACCGUUUGCUCUUAAAGAUCGACUGAAGAAGGAAUUAGAUCGCAUGGAGAGCAUGGGUAUAAUUGAAAAAGUCGAAAAAUCCACAGACUGGGUCAACGCCUUAGUUCUUGUCGAAAAACCCAACGGAAAGCUUCGCGUUUGCCUAGACCCGCGUCCAUUAAACCAAGCAAUCAAACGCCAACACUACCGUCUGCCUACUACAGAAGAGAUAAUCUCUCAAAUGAGUGGUGCUCGAUUCUUUAGCAAACUCGACACAAGCAACGGGUACUGGCAGAUUGCAGUCGACGACUUCACAUCAGAUCUUCUCACGUUUGGCACAGCGUUUGGCCGAUACAAAUUUAAGCGUAUGCCCUAUGGAAUUCACUCGGCUAGUGAGAUAUUCCAACUCGAAAUAUCCAAGAUCAUCGCUGGCUGCGAUGGUGCUGCCAACUCGCAAGACGAUAUAAUCGUGUGGGGUGAAACAAAAGAAAUUCAUGAUCAACGGCUGAAGAAGGUCCUAGACAAAAUUCGAGAUAGCGGAUUGAAGCUAAACCAUGCAAAGUGUAUUUUUGGUGCAACGGAGCUCACCUUUCUGGGUCACAUCAUGUCCGUAGAUGGAGUGAAGCCAGACCCAAGAAAGAUUGAAGCAAUUACCAAUGUGCCCGUUCCAACAAGCCCUGCCAAACUUCAGCGUUUUCUUGGGAUGGUGAACUAUCUUGGUAAAUUCAUCCCAAACCUAUCAGUCGAAACUGCGCCAUUACGAGCCCUCUUGAAGAAAGGAACCGAGUUCUUAAUGCAGAAACCCCAAAUUGAUGCCUUUGAAAAGCUCAAGCGUCGGAUUUCAUCUGUUCCUGUCCUACAGUUCUACGACCCAAAUCUCCCAACUCGUAUUCGGACAGACUUUAGCUCUAUUGGGUUAGGUGCAAUGCUUGAGCAACGCAUAGAUGACUCCUGGCAUCCCAUUGCAUUUGCCUCCUGA